CCAACCUCAAAAAUGAGAAGCAGAAACUUCCAGUUUGUGUUGUGGCUUAAAUAGCUUGUGGCAGACCAAUUGUUUGCUGAGACCAACCAGGAAAGCUGGAUCAAUACAUAAAAACUAUUAGAAAGCAUCAUAGAGGCUUCCAUAGAACAAGGAAUUUCAGGAGCCAAGACCCUAGAGAGAGAGAAAGCUGGAUGUGGCAUCUGCUGGCUCUUCAGCAGUGACUGAAGGACUGAGUGUACAGAUGAUGAUAACUGGGAGGCUGGCAUCAAGACAGGCAUGGAAUUAAAAAUGAGACUGCCCCAAGCACAUCUGUAGGAGUGGAGUCUUGACCUGGGCAUUCCAUUUGUGGCUGAGACAGAAAUGAAAGAUUCAGUGCUGCCCCAGCAGAUUUUUUUUAUACAGAAACAACCAGCUAUGUCUUGGGAUCAAAAUCCAGAACAAUCAACUGGAAAUUACAGUGAAGAUGAACAAAACGGAAAGCAAAAAUGGAGAGAAGGAGGAGGAGAAGCAGGCAGAAAGAGAGAACGAGAAAAAGAAGAAGAAAAUGAGAAGGAGCUGGAAGAUGAACCGGAAAAUAAAAGGAAAAGGGAAAAUGAGAAACAGAAACAGUAUCCCGAGAAAAGAUUAGUCAGCAAAUCCCUCAUGGAUACUCUCUGGGCAAAGUUUAAGUUAAACAGGUGCCCCACAAUACAAGAGAGUCUAUCACUCUCAUUUGAAUUUGACAUGACACAUAAACAGAUAAGUCAAUGGUUUUGUAAAAAGAGGAAGAAAUAUAAUAAAGAAAUGUCCAAGAGAAAGCAUAAGAAAAAAACAUACAAGGUAAGAAAGUGUUUCUUGUAAAAUAAAAGGAAGUAGAGACCGGAGAACUU